UUUUGUGUCAUCUCAAGAACACAAUAAAUUUGAGUAGGGAAUGGACCUAAACACUCCACACCACAUUGCAUAGCUUCAUCAUUUCUUCAAAACAAAGAUAAACAAAAUGGCAGUCAUCACUAACCUUAUCACUUUUCUGAUCUUCUUUACUCUGCUCAAUGUGGCCGUUUCGGAUAAUUGCGCGUAUUUCAUAUCCAUAAAGACCGGAACGAGAAGAUAUGCAGGAACAGACUCCGUUAUACAGUUUACGUUCUCCGGAGGCAGUUCUUCAGACAAAGUACUCGCAAACCUCGAGGAUUUCGGUGUUAUGGAGGCAGGCCAUAACUACUAUGAGGAUGGAAGUUUCGACAAUUUCGUUUAUUCGGGACCAUGCCUUAGCUCUCCGGUGUGUUAUAUAAAAUUGAGCUCUGAUCAGAGUGGUUCACAACCUGGGUGGUAUGUUAACUACGUAAAAAUCACAACUUAUCACUGUAAAAUUACGAAGCCUCACGUGCAAAACUUCACUGUGAAUCUGUGGAUUAAGUCAUCUGCUACCAGGAAUUUAUGUGACAAUCAAGCCAUUAGUAUUGCCGAUGAAUAAAUCUGGAGUUAUGGUUUGAGUUCAUUGGUUGUGUAUUUUGCAUUUUAACUAGUUUUUCAUGUUUUUUAUUGCUUAGCUGAUGCAUGUCUGGCUACUUGUAUUUUCUGAACUACUUGAAAUCCAUUGAGAUUUUCCAAAUAUAUUGGAACAAUAUGAAAGGAUUAUUAUGCCUUUUGUUUAUGCUUAUACCAUUAUUAUUUCUGCUCUUA